AUGUUGCUGCGAAGGGCACUGGAGAAGGCAGAUGUGUUUCACGGCGCCGAUCAUGUGUACGACAUCGUCGAGGCCGCAACCGCGAGGAGGUGGGCCGGCCAUCGCGCAGACGCUGUGUACGAUCCGGAGCUCGGAGCGGCAAUCGCCAACGCGCACCGAAGCGUAACUGCGUCGAGCUCGGCUCGAACCAAGCACGUUGCUUUUCUCUCGUCGUCGCACGACCGGACGAUCAUGAGAGAGAUGUGCUCCGCGUGCGGCGGCGAGAAGUACUCGUUUGUCUACGACGAGCUGAGCUGGCUGGUCAAGGAUGCCCCAGGAUUCUCGCUGAGAGAGCUGCUGGGCGUUGAGACAAAGGCCAAGCUCUCGCUCGAGUCACUGCAGGCGCAUCGGGCUGAUAUGGUAAGCUACUCGCACUCGUCGUGCAUGUGCGCGUCGCGAAAGCUCGCCUUCCACACCAUAGUCCACGCCGGCUCGUACGCCUCGCCGCCGUGGCACGCUUCGACCUCGUGGCAGAACCCGCUGAUGCCUAUGUCGGCCCACGACGAGCUUCCACUUGCGCUGGCGCUUCUCUUCCUUCACACCGGGGGUCACGGGCCGGACAUCGUCUCCUUCUCGUCGAUGUACUGGGACAUAACGUCGGGCCACUUUGGCUCGCUUGAUCCUCAGCUGCCGGCCUUUGUCGACGAUCUUGUCGAAGCGACCAACCUUGCAGCGCUGCAGGAACUUGCCACCGACGCGCGCACGCUUGUGGAGAGCGUGCGCGCUCAGGUGGCAUCACUGGUGGUGGACGGGCCACUCAACAAGGUACUGGAUGCUCUGCUUGGCGCGCUACCUGAGCCCGUCCGCAAGGCAGCCGAGUCGCGAUUGGCGCCUGCGGCGAGCCGACUCCUACCUGUAUUCACGCUGCGAACAGGUAUGUUGGCAGAGGACCACCCGCGGCCGAUUUCAGCGGCAGUGGCGAGCGUGCUGGCUGCGGUAGGCGAUGCGGUAGGCGCAGCGGUGAUUGACGAGUGGGUACUCUUUUCCGGCGCCGUCCGGGUCCACGGCGCACAUCCGCACCCGCCUCUGGCGCUGGCACUCUUUACCUGGUAUGCCAAUGUGUGGGAGGCGGAAGAAGGAAUCAGGCUCGUGCUGUAA